AUGAUAAGAAAAGGAUGCGAAAACUGUCGCCGUCGACAUGUCAAGUGCACCCUGAGCGAGAAUGCUUCCGUGUGCGAUAAAUGCGCGGAGUUAGGCCAGCAAUGCGAGUUAGCACCAUCGUACCGUUUCUGUCCAGUUCACUCCGUUUUCCAAAAGGGACUCGGAGGUUCAAAAUACGAAUUCUCCUGGGAUUCAAGCCAACAGUGGGUGGAGAUUAUCAGUCCCGUCAAUUUUGUUACGGAAACGCCAGACGAUUCCUCUGCAGAAUUGCCAAAAGAUUGUGGAAAUGGUAAUCUGAGACCUUCAGCAAACAACAAUGGAAGUGCAACACAAGAAUACAUGUGUGCGACCCAGGCUCUUCCCAUGACAUCUAACUCUGCUUCUGUCCACCAGCAUGAUCAGCAGUAUCAAUACGGCAUGUUCGAUGUGUAUUUACCACCCGCCAGUCCUACAAAUUCCGCUAUAUGGAACAUUUCGGUUUAUUCCAAUCCCGAGGAGGGCGUAUCAUCUCGCCAAGAGAAUUGUUUUCUUGAACCCAGCACUCCAGAGAGAUGCACUAUCGAGCUGACAACUCGCGAAGCAUUUUUGAUGCGCUCAUAUACAAGGAAAGUAGCACCAUGGUUUGAUGUUUGCGACCCGUUGUCCCAUUUCGGCAACGAAGUUCCUCGACGAGCUCUUGAUAAUCCAAUGGUUAUGUAUGCCAUUUUAGCUCUGGCAUCCCGUCAUCAGGCUAUUAUUACCAGAACCACCGAUGAAGAAUUUGAACAAAACACAUAUCAUGGUCGGUGUUUGGAGCUCCUCAUUCCGGCUUUAUCUCGUCCUGAAAAUACGUAUAACGAUCAUCUGCUUACUACAAUUGUUCUUCUACGGCAACACGAAGAACUUGAGAACCGGAAAGAUACUCGGUAUCAUUUGGUUGCGUCUAUUAAAUUGAUUAAUAUGAUAUCCAAAUUUUCAUCUUCCGGUGGUCUCGCUGAAGCUGCAAGCUGGCUAUUCCUUCGCCAGGCCAUCUAUGCUAGUCUAGUACAAAGGGAGCCAUGGCAGCUGCAACUAGAAAAUUACGAGCGCUCACAGGUUUUUCUUUCUUGCGAUGAUUGCUCAUAUGCAAAUGUGAGUGUUUUUCAAUUAGCUAGGGCCUUACGGCUAGUGUCUCGGCAGUCAGACAACGAUUCCCUUCUGGAGCGAAAGGAGUGGGAGUCAUUAGAAGAAGACGUUUCCAGGUGGAAGAUAAACUCCCCGUCAUCAUUUAGACCUCUUCGAUAUCGAGAGCCUGAUGCUGAACGUGGACGACCAUUUUCGGAGGUCUGUAUGAUUUCUGGGGCUACAGGUAAAUCUUACUACCAUUCGUUUUUGUUCAUGGUAUAUCGGAACAAAAAUAUAGAAAGGAGUCCUGAGUUGGCUAACCACAUCCGUGAUGCCAUCUACGCAGCUAUCGGAUUGCAGUAUUAUUAUGCGACUUUAAUUGUUCUUCAAAUCCACAAGCCCCGAUCACCAGGAAUAUCGGCUUUUGAAUCUGCUCGGGUGAUAAAUGCUGGCGAAGUGAGCAUAUUCUCUGUCAUCGAAGAUGCUAAGUUAUAG